AUGUACAAUCCACCUUAUCAAGCGCCAGGACAAUAUGGCGCACCAGGAGACUAUGGCGGCUUCCCCGGAGCGCCGCCAGGAAUGGGACCACCUCCUGGUAUGGCAGCUCCAGGCAUGGGCGCUCCGCCCGGGAUACAACAGCAAGAGGCUCAUCAACCAGGAAGACCUGGCUUUCCACCCAGCUUCCAACCCCCGCCCAAUAUGCCGAACAUCAACUUCUCCGCCCCAGUCAUACGUUUAGGCACGUCUGGCCCACCGAAAUCGGAUGAUCGCGGCGGACGCGAGGACCGCGAAAGAGGCGGGAGAAGGCCAGGACUGGGUGGGGGAGACCGGUCAGAUUUUCGAGGGGAGAGAGACAGAAUCACACAGAUACAGCCGCAAACCAAGGAAGAAAUCAUCAAGACCAUCUUCGUGGGCGGCAUCACCGAGGGUGCUGGGGGCGAUGAAGGAAUCGAGAGAAUCCUGAAUGCCGCAGGAAGUCUGCGGAGAUGGAUCCGCGCUACGGAUGCUGAUGGCAAGCCUUGCAAGUUUGGUUUCGCAGAGUACGAAGACCCCGAAAGCCUCAGUACUGCCAUAGAAGUACUAAGGGAUGUUGAGGUUCCAGUCAAACGGCAGGCUCUAGACGAAGCAAAGUCAGAAGAGGAGCCUCAAGUCGAAAUGUCGAAACUGCUGAUCGUCGCAGACGACAAUUCGUUGACCUAUAUCCAACAGUGGGAGGAAUCGCAGGGAGGAAAGGAUACCGAUGCGGCGCAGAUGCGGCUCGAUCAUGCUCGAGAGGCACUAGACGCGGUUCUAAAUGCCCAGCGCAACCCUUCGGUGCCGGCACAGAAGGAUGACUUGUCAAACAUUGACCGCGAAGGCGAUAUUCACAUGGCUGAUGGGACCAAAGUCGGCGCUAAUGGCGAGGUGGUUACCAUUCCAAUUGCGAUCGACGACGAGUUAUCCGACAUACCAGCAGAAAUGCGGGAGACCGUGGCAAAGGAAAUUGCAGCAUUUCGCGACCGUAGCAAUCGCCGUGACCUGGAGCGGCUGAAGAGAGAAGAGGAGAUGGAGCUGCAGGAGCGCAAUCGCAUGUUAAAUGGCGAGCGCCACAAUCGUUUGGCUUCACCACCGCCCUCAGCGCCUGCGGGGCCAGCCGGCACGAAUGGAAUACCAUCUGGGCCUAGAGGAGCACCAGCCGGUCCCAAAGGCUUCGGGGUCCAAAUUCCCCGAGAUUAUCAAAAGGGUGUAACAUUCGUGAAUGGAACAGCAGUCAGCGGCGCUUCUGCUUUUGAAGACGACGACACCGACGCGAGCGACGAAGAGCUUGAGCGGCGACGCAAGGAGAAGAAGGAUGCGGAGCUGGAAAAGCAAUUUCUGGAUCAAGAACGGCGAUGGCUAAACCGGGAAAGAUCAAGAACAGCAGCUGUGGAGCGAGAGAAAACCCGCGACAAGGACGAAGCGUCGCGCAGCAAUGAAGAAAAGGCGACGAUGCGAAAGCGGCUGCACGAUUGGAAUGACGAUCUCGAGGCAGCCCGCAAAGUCGAGGAAUACUACGCCGACCGCAGUAAUUGGAUCCGCAAUCGUGCGAGCUUCCGCCAACACGAAAACGCUAAUGACGAUGCCGAUCGUGCGGCGGAGCAGCGCGAGCGAGCCCGUGAACUCCAUCAACAGCAAAAGGCUGGUGCGAUGGCCGAUGACUUUUUCUCCAGGCAGGAGGCAGAGAUGCUCAGUCGCCAGCAAGAACGCGAGGAGGAUGAUUCUCGAGAACAACGCCGCGAGCCUGCGCGCUUCAAAUUAUCCUUGGGAGCGGCUGCGGCACAGAAGGCUGCAGCACAGAAUGCAUCCCAGGCGACCAAGCGCACAGUUGCAGAAGUGGAAGGUUUGCUUGAGGACGAGGAAGAAGAGUCCAUGUCUGGCGCUCGUAGGACAUUGAUACCCAUCCAGUACGAUGCUUCCACAAGCGCAGGGAUGUCUGAAGAAGAACGUGCUCAGGCGGCUCGACAGCUCGCUGCGGAUAUCCCCAACGACAAAGCAGGACUGUGGGCUUGGGACGUCAAGUGGGAGUUUGUGGACGAGAGCGUCAUCGAGGAACGAUUGAAGCCAUUCGUCGAGAAGAAGAUCGUCGAAUAUCUCGGUGUCCAGGAGCAGAUGCUCGUGGACGUGGUUGUCAACGCUCUGACCACGAGAGGAAAGCCGCAAGAUCUCGUGGGACAGCUGGAAGGGGCUCUGGACGAAGAAGCCGAAGUGCUUGUUCGCAAGCUGUGGCGCAUGCUCAUUUUCUUCUCCGAAUCUGAGAAGCGAGGACUGGCAGCUUGA